CUUAAUCCCUCUGCCAAACAUGAAGAGCCACAGACGCGGAGAAUCUGUCGACCCCCUUACACUGGCUAUGGCUCCCCCACCAGAUGAAACUCCCGAACAGAGGAAAGAGCGCCAAAGAAGAGAAGCGGAGGCUGUCGAGGUCAGCAAACGUAUCGAUGCAGAGCUGAAGGCAGCCAAGGCAGCCCUGAAGAAGCGGAAAGAGGCCGUUCAGGUCCUGGUUCUUGGACAGAGCUUGAGUGGCAAAUCCACCACUAUCAAGAAUUUUCAGAUGGCUUAUGCUCAGAAGUCUUGGGCGGAGGAAAGGGAUUCAUGGAAGGCAGUGGUCCUCCUCAACCUUGUGCGGUCGGUUAACAUCAUCCUCGACGUCCUCAGCGAAACGAUCGACAACGCCCAACUUCUCUCUUCUGAAGACUCGUCGUCGCAACAACGGCUCACUCCGCUCACCGAACACCACCGCAAUGCUAUCCGAAGAUUGGGAGUACUUCGACAAAUCGAAAGGGACUUGAAGGCUUUCCUUGGUUCCGGCGCUUCGGAAACUGACGAGAACGACCAACGAGUGAACGAGUUCAGUGUGCAAUCAAAUACAGGAUGGAAGGCCGUCCUGGCCAAGGUUCGCAACCCUUCUGGUGGCAAGGAGUUGGACGCACAGCGGAAAGGGUUGCAAGUGAUCACCAGUUGCGCAGACGACAUCGACUGGCUAUGGAAAGACCCCGCAACACAAUUUGUCCUCAAAAGUAGAGAAAUUAAUCUCGAAGACUCCCCGGGCUUCUUCCUCAACGACCUCGCUCGUAUCCUCCAUCCCGACUAUCAACCGUCAGAUUCCGAUAUCGUUCGUGCACGUCUGCGGACAACUGGCGUGCAGGAGUAUCACUUCACACUUGACCGAGGAAACAAUCAUGGCCCGACAGACUGGAUCAUCUACGACGUUGCAGGUGCAAGAACAUCCAGGGCCGCAUGGGUUCCAUAUUUCAAGGAAAUUACAGCGCUGAUCUUCUUAGCGCCGCUCUCGUCCUUUGAUGAAACUUUGGCUGAGGAUCCGACGAUCAACCGACUCGAGGACACCUUCAUGCUAUGGAAAACAAUAUGCUCCAACAAACUUUUAGCCCGAGUCCAGAUUAUCCUGUUUAUGAACAAAGUCGACAUCCUGCGGAAGAAGCUCGAGAGCGGUAUUCUGGUCAAGAACCACAUCCCCGAAUUCCGAGACAAAACUAACGAUUUCGAGACAGUGUCGAACUGGUUCAAGAAAUUAUUUAAACGGUUGUACUUCGCCAACACUACACCCGGUCGCGAAUUCCUGGCUCAUUUUACAUCCGUUGUGGACACGGAAGCAACAACCCAAACGCUGGCCGCAGUUCAAUCUGCCAUUCUACGGAACGACUUCGUGAACACUGGACUGCUCUGA